AUGUUUGGCAGAUGGCUUGGGCUACUGGUCCGAAUUGUCACUGUCUCCAGACUUGCCCUAGCAGACGAGUUCAAGGCAGACUAUGAGGCCUACAACAAUGCUCGCUAUGGCGUCUAUCCGAGCAACCACUACAAGGGCACCAAUGAAAGGUCGCCUAUACUCCAGAUCACCACCUGGGAAAAGGAAGCCCUUUCCAAAUUCGGGUCACAUAUCUUCAUCCGUCACAAUGGAGCACAGGAAAUCUGGGGCCAUCAACAGGCGUCUCCGUUGAUCCUGGAUGUCGAGGACCUGAGCGCUGUAUACGUGAAUAGGAGUUUCCCUGUAGUUUUCAACGUCAAUGUACAGGAAAACUUCGGCAAGAAAUAUCUCACUUUCUAUGGCGACAAGCUCGUUGGCCAGGGUCUAGGAGAUGGAUUUUGCCAUGCGUACGACACCUCGUAUCGCGAGGUGUACAAGAUUUCUGCGCAGGGCUUGAAAGUCGGGGCCGACCUACACGAGUGCGAGUUUACGGGACAUGGCACUGUCAUCGUCAGCGCUUAUGAGACGGGUUAUUCGAGAAAAUCUGCCAGUCUGAAGGACAAACAAAAGCCGACACUGAUCAGGGAAAGCAUCUUCCAGGAACUGGAGCUGGGAACGAACAAGGUCUUGUUCACAUGGAGGGCUUCCGAGCAUGUUGACGUAUACGAUUCAUUUGAGGGGCAUAACAGUCCCUGGGAUUUCUUUCAUAUUAACACGAUCGAAAAGACGGAAGAUGGGAAUUAUCUUGUCUCAGGGCGACAUAUGCACUCGAUAUAUCUUGUUAAUGGCCAGACAGGAGAUAUCAUGUGGACGCUAGGUGGCCAAAAGAACGAGUUCGUGGAGCUGCCACCGGAAAGUGGUGUGUACCCCGGCGAUGACGUUCUCACGUUCGCCUGGCAGCAUCAUACACGAUUCUAUUUUGGUAACAACGGAAACAAAACUGAAAUAACAUUCUUUGAUAAUCAUGUCAAGGAAUACUCCGAAUAUGGCUGCAAAGCAAACUGUUCGAGGGGACUGCAUAUUGCCUUGGACACCGCCUCGAAUCCAAAAACAGUUCAGCUCGUGCAGGAGUACCGGCAUCCUGCCGGCUUGGCAAGCCAGAGCCAAGGAAGCAUGCAGAUAUUGGAUGACGGAAACGUAUUCAUAGGCUGGGGGCGGAUGCCGAGUUUCACCGAGCACACACCAGAUGGAAAGGCAGUCCUAGACGUUCAGUUCUCGCCAUGGCUUUCGAAGGCAACUGCCGAUCAUGCGCUGGAUAACUACAGAGCGUUCAGACAGGACUGGAAAGCUUCGCCGUAUUGGCCGCCUGACCUCACCGUCAAACAUCCGAAAGGAGUACCCACGGCGUAUCUCAGUUGGAAUGGAGCGACCGAGGUCAAAGAAUGGGUCCUGUUCGCCAGUGAUCUCGAGGACAAACUGAAUGAUACCGAAAACGUGAUAGCCCGUGUUCCUCGGGGUGGCUUUGAGACUGAGAUGUCUCUUGCCAGUUCGAACGCCUCCUACCUCAGAGCAGAAGCGAUUAACAAGAUCGAUAGAGUUAUUGGAUCCACAGGAAUCAUAGACUUUAGGUCCGGCAAGAUGAAGUCAGCGGACACAGCUUUCUCGAUUGAGAUAGAUGCCAUGUACGAGACGGAAACUGAGACCGAGACCGAGCAAGACGGCGGGUCGACAAUGGUAAACUGGGAUUUCUCAAAGGGGGGAAGGGAAUGGGACAUCAUCCUGGGGGUGUUCAUGUUACUAGGAAUGGGGUUGAGUGUUUGCUGCAUGGGAUAUGCAAUAAAUCUGAGAUCGAAGCGUGGCAGUCAGUUACAUCAAUACAGUUCAUUAUGA